AUACUUACCGUCUUCACUCUGAUCAUGGCCUCAAGGGCUAAUAAGUUGUGGAGGUCCGUUGCUGACCAGCGCCGCCCAUUUGUGACCGUGACGGCGCCGAGGAUGAAGCUAAAUUCACCGGCGGCGGGGGAUUUGAUGAACCAAGGCGAGAAACAUGCUAGUAAGACAUUCAAUGCAGAUAUGAUACCCAUAUACGCGAUAUGGGGCUUCGUGGCCCUCGUCGGGCUCUUCGGUGUCCACACCGUGAAGCAGCAGAUCGUCCACAGCCCGACCGUCUCCUUCAGCAAGAAGCGCCGCGAGGAGAUGCCCGUGGUUUCGGAGCCGGAUUGGGCGCUGUCCGAAUCCGAGAAGCUCAUCAAAAAGUCCUUUUUCCGAAGGCUGGCCCACAUCCAGAUUGAUGGGGAUCGGGUUAAGUCCGGGGUGUCAUCCGACCCGACCCGGGCUAACCCGUUUAGCGGCCCGAAAAGCGCGGAGUCGCUCAAGUCCGUCGGGGUCGACCCGCGUGGGGAUUGAAUUUGGGCCUUUGUGAGCUGGUGUUUACGUUUUUUAUAUUUAUAGUUCGAGUUUGAGGCGUACGCAAAAUAAAAUUGUAAAUUUUUUUUUUAUGUUUUAAUGUGAGUAGAUAGUCUUGACGCUUAAAAAAAUAUAACUAUGUUUCAAAAAAAAAUGCUAAACUAUGCUUUUAUUGACUGAGUAUUGAAGA